GUAAUGUAGGCCUUGCGAUCCAGAGUUUCUCAUUCACUUGUUAUGAGGUAUGCUGUACAGUAGUUAACAUGCAAGUCUCGCUAGUACAGGGAAUCGCCGUGCUAUGUGUCGCCUUUUAUUGGUGGGAUUUUUCACUGGCAUCCAAACGCCAAGGGCAAAACAGAGAAGCAAGGUUAACGCUUAAACCAAAACACGGAGGCCAACUUAUGCUAUCUUCGGGCAGGAUCAAGCUCGGGGAAGUGUUUUUGUCGGGAAUCAACGGCCUGCGAGGAGAGAGGGGCGAAAAGGGAGCGAAAGGCGAGAAAGGCAGCCAGGGCGAAAAGGGUGAUAAAGGAGACAGCUGCUCCAGUAGUUGCAAAAACAUUUUUACAUCGUCUACAUCCGAAUCUUGCGAUGCUCGAACGGAAGGCGAACUGAGGUACGACAAAAAAUCUUCCCAUCUCUUCCUCUGCAGCCGGAAACAAUGGCAACAACUGCAGACUGUCCUGCGGGGAGAGAUUAGCAACUCACCACCAAGAAAGUCCUGUCUCGAUAUAUUGUUCAAAGGUGAGGGUCAGGGUGAUGGUAUGUACUGGAUCAACCCAGCUGGUACAGAACCUGAGCGGAACGCAUUUCGUGCGUAUUGUGACAUGACAACUUCAGGAGGAGGUUGGACCCUUGUUGCCAAGGUCACCCAUGAUUACAGCUGGGUUUGUCCUGAUAGAGAUGGUGGUAUGUGCCGAGGAUCAAAGACGAACCCAUUGAAUGCCAACCUGUUCCAUGAUAUCCACCAAAGGGACACUGUGGACUUGUCAAUCAAAAGCAACGUCGAUGCUGGAGUCCAUCUGAACGACACGAUCAUCCGAAUGCUUUUCGUUUCUGGUCGUCAAUCUGUUCGGUUCACCUUUGUUGGUUCCGGAAAUGACUGGACGGCAACAGAAGAUGCCUACGCUGCAUUCAACCCAAGCAAAAAGAACAGUAUGUUUGUGGAUCAUGAAUGGGGUCAGUACACGCUUGACAACGUAGACUACACGUGGAAUAUCAUCAAGCACACUCGCAAGGACAAGACCUUUAGUGGCAAAAUUAUAUGUUGGGGAAACAAGGUGAAGCACUCAUACCGCUUCUAUGAUCAUGGCCUGCAUGUCGGCUCUCCUGCAUCCGCCCAUAAGCCCUGCCUGCUCGACAAUAAUGAAAACGAGGUUAUGCUCAAGAGCCACUAUGCCACCUUACAAGGCUCUCCACUAAAAGCCCGCUGGGAUAUGGCUCAGUUUGGGUUCCUUGGGGCACAGUUUGUUCAGGUGCCGAAUAAACGCAUUGCAAUAUGGGUACGAUGAGUUAGAAAGACUCAGAAGCUGAACAUUGCUAAUAACUGAGAAAUGUUAUUAUUAUUAUCAUUCACGUCUUUUCAAGACGCCCACACUUACUCAGGUUGGAAAAGAUGCGAGUUGAACUGAAAGUGUAUAAUGCAUAUCGUAAAAUGAGCCAAAAAAAACCCAAAAGCGGGCGCUGUAUUUAGUUUACUGACAUGAUAGUGAGUUUCUCUAUUCUUCAUACACUUGGGAACCUAACCCUCACGAGUAGAGAAAAAUUAUUCAACCCCUUAGUGGAAAUAUGGAGAAAAGACAGUUUUAAGUGAUUUUUCAUUUAAUUUCCAAUGAUAUACAUGUAAACUCCUUAUAUCAUUCAACAUUACCCUGAAAAAAGAGCGAUGCGAAUGGCUAAUACGUGUGAUCGUGAUUUAACACCAAAUUCUCGACGCCACUUUGCAAAACAUGUGUGGAACCUAGAAGGAAGAAGUACAGAUCAGUUACAGGGUUAGAUUGCUUAAUGUUACUUCUGUCGAGGGAGUGCAUUUGAGCCAUCUCAUUAACAUCAUUUGGAAUCUGUCCCAGUGGGUCCUCUUGCUAUGAAACUGGAAAUGUACAGUUUUUAGUUUGUGAUGUUUGACUAACUAAACUUAGGCCGAGAAUAAGCCCAAGUGUAAGUUGUGCAAGUUAUAAAACGCAGAAUAUCCGAUGAGAUUCUGUAAAUUUAGCUACAAAGUAAAUUACUAAGAGGAAUUAGCUUUAUUUAUUACUCAUUAGCAUUUGUGGGUGGCUAAGAUAGUAAAAAUAAGGUGGUCGCCUGUUUGUCGCCACUGGAUCCU